CGCAGGCGCCCGCUGAGGGGGCGGACACAGCUGUGCAUGUUCGGAGAGGCUGGCGGGCAUGGCGGCUGGCCCUGUGCGCGGUCUGGCUGUGGCCGGUGGAGGCGAGAGUAGUGAGAGCGAGGAUGACGGCUGGGAGAUUGGGUAUCUCGACCGGUCGGCUCAGAAAUUAAAAGGGCCAUUACUCCCUGAGGAAAAGAAUGAAACAUUUAAGAAAGCAUUGACCACAGGAGAUAUUUCGUUGGUCCAGGAGCUCCUAGAUUCUGGCCUUAGUGUAGAUUCCAGCUUUCGGUAUGGAUGGACUCCCCUUAUGUAUGCUGCUAGUGUUUCUAACGUAGAGCUGGUUCGAGUCCUGUUGGAUAGAGGUGCUAAUGCAAGCUUUGAUAAGGAUAAGCAAACUAUUUUGAUAACUGCAUGUUCUGCACGUGGCUCAGAAGAACAGAUCUUGAAGUGCGUAGAACUACUGCUCUCAAGAAAUGCUGAUCCAAAUGUUGCUUGUAGGAGACUUAUGACUCCAAUCAUGUAUUCUGCGCGAGAUGGUCACCCUCAAGUUGUUGCUCUCCUUGUUGCCCAUGGAGCAGAAGUUAAUACCCAGGAUGAGAAUGGUUAUACCGCUUUAACAUGGGCAGCACGUCAGGGUCAUAAAAAUGUAGUUUUGAAGUUGCUUGAACUUGGAGCUAAUAAAAUGUUACAAACCAAAGAUGGAAAGACACCGAGUGAGAUUGCUAAAAGAAAUAAACAUCUAGAGAUCUUCAAUUUUCUUUCUUUAACUUUAAAUCCAUUGGAGGGAAAGCUCCAACAGCUAACUAAAGAAGAAACUAUUUGUAAACUAUUAACAACAGAUUCUGAUAAAGAAAAAGAUCACAUAUUUAGUUCAUAUACAGCAUUUGGAGACCUGGAAAUAUUUUUACAUGGUCUUGGGCUUGAACAUAUGACAGAUUUAUUAAAGGAAAGGGAUAUAACUUUAAGACAUCUUUUGACCAUGAGGAAAGAUGAGUUUACAAAGAAUGGAAUUACCAAUAGAGAUCAGCAGAAAAUUCUGGCUGCUCUUAAAGAACUUGAGGUAGAAGAGAUAAAAUUUGGAGAACUACCUGAAGUGGCAAAGUUGGAAAUCAGUGGUGAUGAGUUCCUCAACUUUCUUCUGAAAUUAAACAAACAGUGUGGCCAUUUAAUAACAGCAGUACAGAAUAUCAUUUCUGAGUUGCCUGUAAAUUCCCACAAGAUAGUACUAGAAUGGUCUUCUCCCCGGAAUUUUACUUCCGUUUGUGAAGAACUGGUUAGUAAUGUUGAAGAUUUGAGUGAAGAGGUCUGCAAACUAAAAGACUUAAUUCAGAAGUUGCAAAAUGAGCGAGAAAAUGAUCCAACUCAUAUACCAUUAAUGGAAGAAGUAUCUACAUGGAACAGAAUUUUGAAGAGGACAGCUGUUACAGUGUGCGGAUUUGGGUUUCUUCUUUUCAUUUGCAAGCUGACUUUCCAGAGAAAAUAACCCUAAUAUUGUGUUUUGAGUAAUAUCUUAUUCAAAUUACCUACAAAUGUUGCUUUUAACUAUUUGUGGCACAGCAUAACUACAUUCUUUGCUGAUACUCCAUAGGAGAAAUUACAAUAGCAUAGAACAGAAAGUUUCCUUAGAAAGUGGUUUGUCAGUUUGAGUUAAAAAUGUAAUUUGUUGUAUUUUUAUGUUAAUUUUGGUCAAGCAGUAAAUUAUGUGAUUCAUAAGUUUAGCACUAUGAUUCUAAAUCACAUUCAAAAUAAAAGUUUUAUCUGAUAUUAUUUGACCCUUAAAAAA